ACGUGUGCUGUAACUCACCACGUGGGCUUUCAUCAUUCACAUUUGUCUGACAUUGGAAUCCCCCGAUCCAAUGACCUGCCCAAGUGCUCCUAAGUAAUCUUUAAUACCGUAAGCGAACGACAAAAUCCAACAAAUAACAACUAUUUCCUUUGUAACCUGAAUACCACCCGACCUACGCUUCGCAGACUGCUGCGACCUUCCUCUCACCUAGCUAGUUAGCUGAGUGACAAUGACUGAGGGUGUGUCGUCUGAAGACGCUGCCGCAGCUCGCGCGGCCGAGCAAGUUCGCCUGCGCAAACAACGCCGGGAAGCCAAGAUCAAGGCUGGCGGAGCUUCGAGGCUAGACCGAAUUACAGGCUUGGGUGGUGGUGUUCCAAAGGAGUCUCCCUCCCAAUCACCAGCAAGUGCCGAACCCACGCCCGCAAGACCUGCCGCCACAGCUGCAGCCGCCGCUGCCUCUGAGACUCAUGCCGAUCCCGAAGAGGUCGAUAUCUCUCAACACUACUACUCGCCACAAACCACGCCUCGUCCGCCCCAAAGCGACCCCUCCCAAAUGUCCGAAGCACAGCUCCGCCAGAUGAUGCUUGGCUUCGAUGGGCCAUCAACCGCAAGCUCUGGUACUUCGUCACCUCGAGCUGGUAAUCCCUUCUUUGGCCGCGCCUCGCCCAUGCCUGGAACGGAGGGUAUGGAUGGUGCGGCAGGCGCGGAUCAAGAUCCCAUGAUGGAAAUGCUUCAAAAGAUGAUGGCAGGCGGUAUGCCCGGCGGAGCUGACGGCAGCAACCCGCUAGCAGGGAUGGGACUAGAAUCGCUGUUGGCCGGCGCGGGCAGACCCAAUCCGAUGCAACAAGGCCAGCAAACCGAGCAGAACAAGAGUGCAAAUCUCUGGCGCAUCCUACAUGCCAUUUUCGCCUUGGGGCUGGGCAUCUAUGUGGCGUUUUCCACCACAUUUACCGGAUCCAAGGUUGAACGAGACACAGAUAACCUGCAAAGCACUGGUAUACUAGGCGCACAAAACCUUGAGCAGGCGCGGGCGUGGUUCUUCUACGUUUUUACCAGUGUCGAGACAGUGCUGCUGACAUCCCGAUUUAUGAUGGAACGGAGUGCUGGUUUCACUCCAUCGGGCUGGACGUGGACUAUCACUGGCAUGCUCUCGGAUCCAAUGAGAGGCUAUGCACGCCACGCGCUCCGGUACGCACAGAUCUUUACAACGGUACGGAAUGAUGCCCUUUUCUGUGUUUUUGUAAUGGGCGUAUGCUGUUUAUUACGAGGGUGAUAAACCAUGGAGUGAAAAUGAUGCUGUACGUUGAUACGGAAUAAUGUAUUGGCAAUGAAUAUAGAUUUUCACGAUUAGAUUUACAUUCGAGGACCUAGUUUUCUCCGGCUAGUUUAUCCCUUGCUUCCCUUGAGUACGCACUUUAACUUCCUAAAUACGCCUUUUCUUUACACUUCGGCCAGCCAGCUGGCUAAAAUUAUCCAUGAUACCAUAUGACCCCCAGAAACCCAAAUCUUUCUACAUCGACCAUUAUAUUCUACAUUUUCGCUCAAUACUUUGACAAAACCCAUUCUAUGUGGCAUUGAUCAUAUUCCUCCAAUAUCUUAUGCCGGGCUUAGGAUCAUCCCAUCCUUGAGAGCCUCAAGCUCCUUC